AUGCACAAAUGUGAGGAGUGUGGAAAGCUGUUUCCGCGGCCUAGCGGAUUAUCAACUCAUAUGAAUUCACAUUCGGGCGCCAAACCGCAUAAGUGCCCGAUACCGGAAUGCAACAAAUGGUUUGCCGUUCGCUCAAAUGCGAAGCGGCAUCUAGUCAAAACCCAUGGUGUCACCCUGGCUAGUAACGAAACUCCUUCCACUCCAACUUACAGUGUUGGGUUCGAACAGCCCGUUGUAAACGAUGUUCAUGAUUCAGGGAAACAGCCGUCUCGAUACCGAUGGAUCCCACAAAAUGCCACACUGGAUGAGAACAACUUGUUCUCCUCCCCUGUGGCGUACCAUCCUUCGUUAUUUGCGGGGCGGCGACAUUCUUACGACGAUUUGGGAACAGGUUCAUCCCUACAGAACGAAACAGAUAGUAAUCCAUAUCAACAGUUUCUCUAG